UUUCUUAUUAUCAUUAGCCUUUUAAUUAUAAUAAUUAAGAAGCUAGUAAUAAGUAGUGGUUGAGACCACCACUACCUGUCCCUUGUUACCUUUCGUAGCCAAUCCCGCGGUUUCACCCUCUCUCCUCUUUUCGUCUCUCGGAGCUUCUCAGUUAUUUCCGGUUGGAUCUCCUACUCUGCUAUUAUUUUGGCUGAAUUGAAGUGCUGAUUUCCUGCUAGAAAUCGUUGGCCCCCUCCCUAAAGUCGUUGUCAAAGAUCCGAUCUUGUCCGAUCUAGGUUUUUCACCAUGGAUCGAUACCCUAGCUUCAUAAAGAUCCGAUCUUCUUCCAUUUUGUGAACUUUUAGCUUGCUAAAUUCUUCUUCUUCUCCGUGUAGUUCUCAGUAAAAACCCUGAUCUUAGCUCACAAAGUUUCGGGUUUUCUAAAAGACUUGAUUUUUCGUCAUGAGGAGAAAUCGAGCUUUACCUCCCAUCCUUCUCUGUGCUGUCUUCUUCUUCUUGUUGGCCGUCGGCAAGAUCUCGGCGGCCGACAGCAGCAACAGCACCUACCAACCCCGGGACAAGAUCCUCCUCAACUGCGGUUUCUCCGGGACAGCCAACGACACCGACGGCCGCACCUGGACUGGCGACGCCGCCUCCAAGUAUGCCCCCUCCAUGAACGGCGCCGCCGUCACCGCCACCUCCCAGGACUCCUCGGUCCCGCAAGUCCCCUACUUGAGUGGCCGGGUCUUCACCUCCCCUUACACCUACACCUUCCCCCUCGGUGCUGGCCGGAAAUUCAUUCGCCUUUACUUCUACCCUUCCAACUACUCCACCCACGCCGCCUCCGAUGCCUUCUUUACCGUCACCGCGGAUUCCUACACCCUCCUCCAAAACUUCAGCGCCUACCUCACCGCCGGUGCCCUUAACUACGCCUACCUCGUCCGCGAAUUCUCCGUCAACGUCUCCUCCAGUGGCCUCAAGCUCACCUUCACCCCUUCUACCGAUCACCACAAUUCUUAUGCCUUUGUUAAUGGUAUCGAGAUUGUCUCGAUCCCUGAUGACAUCUUUACCCCCGUCAAUGCAUUGCUUGUUGGAACCAACACAGAUUACACCAUCGAUCAGGAUGGUGCUUUCGAGACCGUCUACAGGCUGAAUGUGGGUGGGCAAGCCAUUUCUCCCACCCAAGAUUCUGGCUUGUUUCGCUCCUGGGCUGAUGACACACCAUACAUAUAUGGCGCUGCAUUUGGGGUCACCUACUCCAAUGACCCCAAUGUUUCAAUUAAGUAUCCGGCCACCAUUCCGGAAUAUAUCGCGCCGCCGGAUGUGUACUCGACGGCACGGUCGAUGGGGCCCGAUCCACGCAUCAAUCUGAACUAUAAUCUCACGUGGAUCCUUCCAGUGGAUGCUGCGUUUUACCACCUUGUGAGGCUUCAUUUCUGUGAGAUCCAGUACCCCAUCACCAAGCCGAACCAGAGGGUCUUCGAUAUCUAUCUCAGUAACCUGACUGCCCAACAGGGCGCCGAUGUGAUUGCUUGGAGCGGUGGAAUUGGCAUCCCAGCGUAUGAGGACUAUGUGCUGCUACCUCCAGGAACUGGCUCGAUGGAUUUGUGGGUUGCACUCCAUCCUGAUAUUGGAGCCAAGCCAGAGUACUAUGAUGCUAUCUUGAAUGGGAUGGAAGUCUUUAAGCUGCAGAACCCUAAUGGAAGUCUUGCUGGACCCAAUCCGGCUCCACUGCCGGAGCCAGAUGUGGAUAUUAAUAAGGCUCUCCAUCACAAGACCGGCAAGUCCACGAGCAAAUCCAUUCCGGCGAUUGCCGGCGGGGUGAUCGGUGGGUUUGUGCUCCUGUUGGCUGCCUGUUUCUGCUUGUUUAGGAUGUGCAAGCAAAAGAAGAAGAAGAAGAGGGGGAAGGAUGCAGGCACCAGCGAUGGGCCUUCGGGUUGGCUGCCGCUCUCCCUCUAUGGCAACUCGCACUCAGCAGCAUCAGCCAAGACGAACACAACCGGAAGCUAUGCCUCGUCGCUCCCAUCCAACCUCUGCCGCCACUUCUCGUUUGCAGAGAUCGAGGCGGCCACCAAUGGAUUCGAUGAAGCCCUCCUCCUCGGUGUCGGUGGUUUCGGAAAAGUCUACCGUGGGGAAGUGGAUGGCGGUUCCACCAAGGUCGCCAUAAAGCGUGGGAACCCAAUGUCGGAGCAAGGCGUCCAUGAAUUCCAGACCGAGAUCGAGAUGCUGUCCAAGCUCCGCCACCGCCAUCUCGUCUCCUUGAUCGGUUACUGCGAGGAGAACUGCGAGAUGAUUCUGGUGUAUGACUACAUGGCCCAUGGAACACUGCGCGAGCAUCUCUACAAGACCCCGAAGCCACCCCUCCCUUGGAAGCAGCGGCUGGAGAUCUGCAUUGGUGCUGCUCGCGGGCUUCACUACCUCCACACUGGUGCCAAGCAUACCAUCAUCCACCGAGAUGUGAAGACCACCAACAUUCUGUUGGAUGAGAAAUGGGUUGCAAAGGUUUCGGAUUUCGGCCUUUCGAAGACCGGUCCUACUCUCGAUCACACCCAUGUGAGCACGGUGGUGAAGGGCAGCUUCGGCUAUCUCGACCCGGAGUACUUCAGGCGGCAGCAACUUACCGAGAAAUCCGAUGUAUACUCUUUUGGGGUUGUGUUGUUUGAGGUCCUCUGUGCUCGGCCACCUCUCAACUCGACCCUUCCAAAGGAACAAGUGAGCCUGGCCGAGUGGGCACUGCACUGCCAGAAGAAGGGCAUUCUUGAUCAGAUCAUCGAUCCCUAUCUCAGGGGUAGGAUUGCCCCACAGUGCUUCAAGAAGUUCGCAGAGACGGCCGAGAAGUGCGUGGCCGACCAGGGAAUCGAGCGGCCAUCCAUGGGCGAUGUCCUCUGGAACCUCGAGUUUGCACUCCAGCUGCAAGAGAGUGCGGAGGAAAGCGGCUGUCUCAUCGACGGUGCGACGUCGGAGGAGGGCACGCCGCUGAUGAUCCUGCGCAAGAAAGACCCGAGUAGUGAUCCAUUGGUGGAAUCAAGCACAACAACAACCACAACCACCUCAAUGAGCAUCGGAGGGCGGAGCCUCGCAAGUGAUGACACCGAUGGACUGACACCAAGUGCUGUGUUCUCGCAGAUCAUGAACCCCAAAGGGCGGUGAGAUCUGAUGGUGUGGUGAGGAAAGAUGAAUGCCACUACAAUUUAUCUUGACACGGAAAGUAGCUCUCUUAUUUUCCCUACGUAAUUCAGUAAUAUUUCCUGAGUUGUGUUGUAAUUUAUGAGACCUUGAGAUCUCCUAAAUUCAAUCUGAUAUAUGACUUGUAUUGAUACUUCUAAGAAUGUUUUCGUUGUCAGUUUCUACGAUGGAUAUGAUUAUUUUCAGAAUAAGAGUAGGUGUUGGCAACCCCAA